AUCAUAGAGUAAGUCACAGAUCACAGAAUAACCUCUGUGAUCUGUGGAUUAAGUGCGGUUAUGUUUCUGAGUAUUUUUGUUUAUCUUUAAUUAUACCAUGUUAAAUUAAUUACUGCGAAAAGCUUCCUAAGAUACAGGCGGCAGCUGAGUUAAGAACAAGUUAAUGUUCUUACUAUCUUUGCUCAUCGCAAGCUGCCCCGGGACCUGGUUUUGCUGUAGUCACUUCCCAGGUGAUGUGACCUGAGAUCUCUGAGCCCCAAACUGUUGUUGAAGUUUUAGUUCAGCGGUGAAGAUGAUAAACCGCGGACUUCUGAGCCCCCAAAAAGUUAUUCAAGCAUCACAUGAAGCAUUUCGUGGACAUUCUAGAGCCAUGUCCACAAUUCCCACUCAAUCACGAGUUGUAAUUGCUGGCGCCGGUGUUGUUGCAAAUUCAGUUGCAUAUCACUUGGUGCAAAGUGGAUGGAAUGAUGUUACAGUAGUUGAACAGAGGAAAAUCGGAAGUGGGACAUCUCACUUCGGAUCUGGAACCCUUGGAUUAUUUAAGCCCAUUUCGCACCGAAACGUUAUAUGGUAUAGUAUAAACUUGUAUAAAAAGUUACAAAAUAUGGGCUAUAACGUCGAGAUGAAACAAUGUGGUAGUUUAAAUUUAGCUCAGACUAAAGAUAGACUUAUUGCUCUUAAAAGAAGAGUCGCAUACAAUUUGCCCACUGGUUUACAUUGUGAAUUACUUAGCAAUACAGAAAUUCAGCGAAAGCAUCCUUAUUUGAGAGUCGAUGAUUUGGAAGGAGGUGUUUGGGUUCCCGAUGACGCAGUGAUUAAUCCGAAAGCCAUAUGCGAUGCUCUGGCUCUAUUAGCUCAAAAAGGUGGCGCAAACUAUAUCGAAAACACAACCGUUACUAACGUUUUAACAAACAAUAACUGUGUGCAAGGCGUUGAAACAGACAAAGGAAUAAUUCAGUGUGAAUAUUUUGUUAAUUGCGCUGGAAUGUGGGCGCGGGAAUUAGGAUUACACUGCGACCCCAAAGUUAGAAUACCCGCUUAUCCUGCUGAACAUUUCUAUGCCACUGCAGUUUUAGAUCAAGACAUGAAGCACCCUCUGCCCGUAGUUAGGUGCUAUGAUAGUUACACAUACGCAAGAGAAUAUCAGAAUGGGCUAAUGGUGGGAUGGUUUGAACCAGAAGCUAAACCUGCUUUUGAGAAAGGCCGAGUGCCUAAAGACUGGCCGAAGCACGUUAAACAAGAUCUAAGCCAUUUUCGGCCGUUAUGGCAAAACGCUGUGAAUAGAUUUCCAAUUUUAAAAGGGUGUCAAGAACCCCAACUGGUUAACUCUCCAGAUAACUUUACGCCAGAUGGACGUUGGAUAUUAGGCGAAGCGCCAGAAGUAAAGAAUUAUUUUGUUGCCUGUGGAAUGAAUGGCAACUCCCUGCAAGGUGCUGGGGGUAUUGGCAAAGCUAUAUCCGAAUGGAUUAUUGAAGGUGAACCAAGGCAGGAUUUGCUUCCUUUUAUAUUGCAGCGAUUCCUCAAUGUCCAUAAUAGUAGACACUAUUUGAAGCAACGAAUUAAGGAGGUUGUCGGAAGACAUUAUUCAAUUUUAUAUCCGUUCCAGUGCGAAUAUAAAUAUGCACGAGAACUACGCUGUUCUCCAUUAUAUAGUGUCUUAAAAACCCGAGGAGCCGUUUUCGGUAUUAAAAUGGCGUACGAGCGAGCGCUUUACUUUGACUCAACUUACGAAAAGGGUCAACAGCUUAAAAUGCCGCAAGGAACAUUUUUCAAGCCGAAAUUUUUUGACUUUGUAAAAGAGGAAUAUCUGGCUUGUAUAGAGGGAGUUGGUAUAAUAGAUAUGUCUUCAUUUUCGAAGAUCGAAAUUAAGUCACCAGGGAACGAAGCCUUACAGUACUUGCAAAGAAUUUGCUCUAAUGACAUAGAUGUUCCUGUGGGGUCCAUUGUUCACACCGGAAUGCAGAAUGUUCGAGGAGGAUAUGAAAACGAUUGCAUGCUUGUAAGGCAGACUGCAAACAGUUUUUUCAUGGUAUCACCAACAAGCCAACAAACAAGGGUUUACGAAUGGAUGAAAAGGAAUGUUUCUGCAAAUACCAGAGUGGAUUUGAACGAUCUAACGUCCAUGUAUACGGUGUUGAACGUAGUUGGGCCAAAAUCUACUCAACUCUUAAGUGAAUUAUCAAAUAGCGACGUAAAAGUGGCCCCAUUUUCGUAUAUGAAGGUGAAUGUCGGUUAUGCAUCGGAUGUGAUGGUGAUGUCGUUCACUCAUACAGGAGAACCGGGAUAUUGUCUCUAUAUUCCUUCCGAAUAUGCUCUACAUGUUUAUUACAAGUUAAUGACCGUUGGACGAGACUACGGCGUUAGAGAUGUAGGAGUAUUAACUCAGCGUUAUAUGAGGCUGGAAAGGUUUAUUCCAUUUUGGGCCGAGGAACUUAACAGCUUUACAACCCCCUAUGAGGCUGGAAACGACUGGAGCGUAAGACUGGAUAAGAAAGAAGGUUUUAUUGGCAAAGAAGCCUUGCAAAACCAAAGUGUGACUGGCGUCAGGAAAAGACUCGUCUUUUUCCACUUUAAUAAUAUUGACCCCGAUGUGGACAUUUGGCCAUGGGGUGGAGAACCGUUAUACAGAAACAACGAAUUCGUGGGUACUGUAACAUCCGCAGGUUAUGGAUUUUCCGCAAAUAAGCUAAUUUGCUUGGGAUUCAUCUCAAAGCCUGCCAAGGUUGAAAAUCGGAUCGUGACCAGAGACUACAUUCUUGCGAAGGAUGCAGUUUAUGAAGUUGAUAUUGCAGGUCACCGAUUCAGUGCUACUCCUUAUUUACAUGCACCAACCACGCACAGUCCUUACCAUGAAAAGAAAGAAUAUAGACCGACUGCAAUCAAAUAUAAAAGCGAUAUUUCCACCUAAUUUGUUUUGAUGAGAAUCUAUUUAAUUUUUCACAGUUUCUAUGUAUGUGCAUUUCGUAUAAUAACGGUUGUGAUUUAAAUGCGUAUGACCAAUAGAGUUUUUUAACCAGCAGCAAAA